AUGGAAAAUAAUCAACCCACUCUUUAGGAGAACACAAGUUUCUUUAGAAGUACUUGGUUCUUGGUUGCCUUGUUAGUGAUAGUACUGCUUGGAUGUCUAUGCUUGGUAACCUGCUGCAUCUACUAUGAAGAUGAGCCAGAGGAAGGAGAGACUAAGGGAAACAAGAGAGAUAGAAAGCGCAAGUCAAAAAAGAAGAAGGAUGAGAAGACCAAGUAGGAUGGAGACAAUAACGAUGAAGACCAGGAUUAGAAUGAUGGGGAAGCAGAUAAUGAAUCUGGACCAAAUUCAAACUCAGAGGAUGAUGAGUCUAAACUCAAUCAAAGGAAGAACAAAAACACAGCAAAUCCAUAGUCAAAAGAUACAAUAACUGAAACUUAAACUGGUGUUACCAGCAAUCAGAGUAAAAGUAGCAAAAAGAAGUCAAAGGGCACUAGAGUAGCAGUAACUUUAUCUACAUAGACAACUGAGAGUGAUUUCUUUGCUUUGCAAGAUUUGAUGAGACAGUAGAAGUAACUACAGCCGUAAAAGUCUUAAAAUGAUGGAGCUAACAAAUAGCCAGCAAAGACUAAGCCAAAUGAGAGCAUUUCAAGUGGCAAGUAAGGCAAGUAGGGUUAAAAAUAGUUGUAGUAGGUGCAAGCUUAGUAGCCUGUAGUUUAGACAUCAUAAUUACUUAAAGUAAUUGACACAAAGACUCUUAACCAAUAAUAGGAGUAACAGUAGUAGUUGAUGUAGUUACAGCAGCAAUACCUGCAGCUACAGCAGUAAAUCUAGUAGUAGUCUAUGCUUUACCAGCAACAGUAGAGUUAAAUUCAAAUUCAGUCAUUGCAGUAGCAACAGUAGCCAUAGUCACAGUCUAAAAAGAACAAGAAAAGUAAGAAGCAGGAGAGUCAGCCACAGGUUGAACUGCUGAAAGUAAAGAAAGAAGUUGACACUUGGAAUGUCACUGAUGAUAAGAAAAAUGCUAAAGUUAAGCAAGAGUGA